UUUGUUCAUAUUAAGAAACAUUAGGUAGUAGUAACUUCAAUUUCAAUUCACUAGCGAACAAAGUCAAGGUGCAAUGAAUUUUCACAGAAAUUUUUUUUCGUGCAUCAAAAAUUGCAUGUACGAAUCCAAUUAAAUCGUUCAAUGAAAUCUUGAAGUGGGAAACACGAUAAAUUUCAUUGAGUUAGUGCGCACGUGCAUGUUUAUAGCAUAGCCGUGAAAAAAAAAAUCUUCGUAAAAUGCGCCCUUGCAUCCGAAAAGCAUUGUGAAUGCGACACGACCGACAUGUGAAAAUGAAAAAUCGCUCACUUCGACAGAAGAUACUCUAACACUUAGUGUUAUGUUUCACACACGCUCGAAAUGGCUACAAAUGAACAAAACGAAGAUACGCAAAAUAAUAUAAAUCCUCAAGUCAGUUGGAGUACGCAGGAGCCAGAGUCGCACAACUCACAGUUGGUAGCAUCAAAUCAAGAACUGCAGAAUCAAACUUCAAAUCAGAAAGUAGAUCAAGAAUUUGCUAAAAUGACAGAUCAACGAGAACAACAACCUCAACCACAACAACAGCAACAGGCGCAACAGCAACAACAAACCAAAGGCAAUGAAGAACCGAGAACAAAUUUGAUUAUCAAUUAUCUUCCACAGAGUAUGACAGAAAAAGAUCUUUAUAGUCUUUUUGUAACUAUUGGGCCUGUGGAAUCUUGUCGUGUAAUGAAAGAUUAUAAGACAGGGUAUAGUUAUGGUUUUGGAUUUGUUAAUUAUGCAAAAGCUGAAGAUGCAGCCACAGCUAUAAGUACUUUAAAUGGACUUCAAGUUCAGAACAAAAGGCUAAAAGUAUCCUUUGCACGACCAUCUGGUGAAGAGAUUAAAGAAACUAAUCUUUAUGUAACAAAUUUGCCGAGAAAUAUAACUGAAAGUCAGAUUGAUGAUAUAUUUAGUAAAUAUGGAAAUAUUGUGCAAAAAAAUAUUUUAAAAGACAAACUUACUGGAUUACCAAGAGGUGUAGCAUUUGUAAGAUUCGAUAAACGGGAAGAAGCACAAGAAGCGAUCGCACGACUACAUGGAACGAUACCAGAAGGUGGAUCAGAGCCACUUAGCGUAAAAAUCGCGGAGGAACACGGAAAACAAAAAGCGGCAUACUACGCUGGAUGGCAGGCUGGUUACAAUCAGAGUAGAGGAGAACGUCUGUAUCCGACCAGGAAUAAAUACCAGCGUUAUGCACAUUACCUUUAUUAAAAGAAGAACGCAAUUUCUUGUUCGGUACUCAUUGUUACCCUUACAGUUAUGCUACCAUGAAUUCCUAUUGUAAUGAGAUUGGCAUGAUUAAGUGCGCUUAUACCAGCACAAUUGUUACCACUUUUAUUGUAAUUCGAAAAAAGGAAUUUAUAAAAAUAAGGAAAACAAAUUUUGCUUUUUGAUUAAAUCUUUUAAGAUUGCUUUGUUUUUUCUUAAUGAUCUUAUCCUAGUUCAAUUUCAUUUUUUUGUUUAAUAUAUAUAUUAUAAAUUGUACAGUUUCUUAGAAUUGAACCUAAUUUUUUCACAAAGCAAAACUGUUUGUAAUUAAAUAAAAAAAUCACACAAUUUGCUCAACAAAUGUAAACGAGUACUUUGUAAUUUAUCAGAAAACCAAUCUAUGGUUCUAAAGUUCUUUUCUAAGAAAAAGAAACUUUAGAUACAAUUUUACUUUUAAAAAUAUUCCUUGAAUAUUUGUAUAAUAAUACAAUUUAACACUUUGACCUAAAAUAUAGGAAACAUUCAUUUAAUCUUGUAUUGUAUUAUUGGAAAUAAUAGUUUAAAAGAUUAACUAAAAUAAGCAUUAGUUUCUAAUAUUUUUAGGGUCAAUGUGCUGAAUAAGAAAAAAGAGAUAUUUGUGGGUUUUAAAUUGAAUAAUUAAGUUGUAAUCACUUUUACAACUUUGAAUAGUUAGAUCACUCCUUGCAAACGUUGCACAAUUUUUACAAUUGUCUGUUAUCUGAUGGCCUGUUCAUCGUGUUCACUAAUAUUGACUCUAGUGAACUAUAUAGAUAGUGAAAAUAUGUAUAGAUAUUCAUCCUGUAAAACAAUCGGGACAAUUAGUUAAAUAAAUUAUUGUCUUAAAAAAUUGAUGGAUGAACAUUGUAGAUGAAUUUAGUUGUCGUAAAGACAAUUUGAAUAAUAGACGAGCGAAUAGGCUUAUUAAAAAACGUUAUCGAGUCAUAUUUAAUAAGUUGUUGCUAAAGUAACAAUUUUGAACGAUAAAAAUUGUGAUCGAUUGGAAGCAUGAUGACAAUUUUUUCAUAUAUAAAGUUAAUAAAUCUUCGCUGUUACUU